UUGGAGGCUGGCGGUCUAGGCAGGCGAGGAGCGCCGCAGCAGAGAGGAGGUCCUGGACGCGGAGAGAUGCCUAACUACGGUGGACGCCCUGGUCGCGGUGGAGGCCCUGGUCGCGGUGAAGGCCCUGGUCGCGGUGAAGGCCCUGGUCGCGGUGAAGGCCCUGGUCGCGGUGAAGGCCCUGGUCGCGGUGAAGGCCCUGGUCGCGGUGAAGGCCCUGGUCACGGUGAAGGCCCUGGUCACGGUGCAACCCCUAGUCGCGGUAGAGGCCGUGGUUAUGCUGGAAAUGCUGGAGGCAUUCCAAGCCCCAGACGUGGUAGGAGUCCUGGAAACUAUAGAGGCCCUGACCAUGGUGGAAAUCAUGAAAGCUAUGGAGGCUAUGGAGGCGGUGGUUAUCCUGGAAGCUAUGAACAGCCUGGGCCUAGUAGAAGUCCUGGAGGCAGUGAAAGGCAUGGAGGUGGUAAAAGUUUUGGAGGCAGGGGAAGCCUUGAACGCGAAGGAUGUUCUGGACGAACAGGACCACGACGCGAAGAGGGACCUCGUGGACAACAGUCUCAAGGCGGACAGCAGGAAAGGCAACGAGGAGGCGGAAAGGGUGGCAUACAAUGGCAAGGUCCUGGAACCUCAGCGGAGCUAUUCCACACUGAUCCCGAUCUGGUGAAGCGUGCCCAGAAGCAAUGGUUCACCCAUAAAACGAUGGAGCUGCGCACAAACUACUUUGCUAUAGCACGACCGAGCGGUAUCGUAUACCACUAUGACGUGCAAAUCGACCUCAUACGCAAGCCUUCCAGCGCCACAGAGCCGCGGGGCCUCAGCACACGUGUCAAGCGUCUCGUGAUAGAGGCCCUUCAGAAGACCGCAAAGUUCCGGCCCUAUUCGCUCGCGUUCGAUGGCGAAAAGAAUAUCUACACAAGCCGCGAGUUGCCAUCGAAUGAAUGCGAAUGCGUCGUACAAAUCGACAAGGGCGGGCCGGACUUCUCCGUCACCCUCAAGAUCGCAUCCAGCGUAGACAUGGACAAGCUGAAGACUCCGUUCAACCAAGACGUGCAUCAAAAACAUAUCCAGGCACUCGAUAUCAUUAUAAGGCACGCUGCACGCCCGGGUCACGAAGUCGUGGGGCACUGCUUCUUCAAGAAUCCGCAAGCUGAACCCCUUGAACUUGGAACUUUUGCCGAGCUGUGGUCCGGAUACUAUCCAAGCUUUCGGCCAUGUGAGAAGUCCCUGAUGCUAAAUAUUGACUUCUCUGCAAUGCCCUUCUACAAUUCAAGAAGUCUACUGGAUUUCGCAACAAAGUGCCGCGAACACAUGGUAGAAGUCGAAGCUCGCAUUCUCUCGCCUCCUGCAAUUCAUUUUCAGGUUGGUAAGAAAGUGCCAUAUCGGGGCACGUGGUACGUACCCAAAGGGGACCUCUUUUCCGAAACAGAGGGAGAGUUCUUUUUCGGUGUGCUGGCAGUUAACUGCGAAAUCCCCAAUGAGCAACUUCUAGAAGCAGCUGAUCAAUUGAAGGACUAUGGUUCAGCCCUUGGCCUUCAACUGAACCAUAACAAGAAUAUUGAACAUGUGCACACCAACGAUUUGGAAGCUUCAAAGCACCUGACUAAUGCUUUCAAAGAACUUGUUCGCAAUAUGUCUGAAGGCGCAAAACCUGUUGCCAAAAAAUUUGUCCUCGUUGUUCUUGGAAACUCCACUCUCUAUGCGGCCGUCAAAACUGUGGCAGAAAAAGUGGCGGGCAUCAUAACUCAGUGCGUUCAAGAAGGAAAGCUAUCAACAGUAAAACAGGAAGUAUUGUGGCCAAACAUCUGCCUCAAGCUGAAUGCCAAACUUGGCGGCUGCAAUAACACCGUCAGCAGUGACAAAAAUGUCAAUGCCAUCUUCAUCAAUGCCCUCUUCAUCGGAAUCGAUGUCAAUCACCCUGCGCCUGGGGACAACCACAAGCCAUCCAUCGCUGCAUGCGUCGCCAGCUUUGACAAAAACGCGUUCCGAUACCGCGCUCGGGUUUCAGUCCAGAUGAACCCAGAUGGAGCGGUGGCCCGUAAGGAAGUCGUGACGGACCUGAAGGCCAUGGUAUUGGACCACUUGAAAUUCUAUUAUGGCAAGCAGAGACGGCUGCCGGACAGGAUAAUCGUCUACAGAGAUGGAGUCGGUGAGGGUCAAUUCAAAGAAGUUCAAGCUAAAGAAGUCGAUGCAAUCAAGCAAGCCUGCAGAAGCGCAAGCCCCAACUACCAACCCCCGGUGACGUUCAUCAUUGUUCAGAAGCGGCACCACACUCGAUUCCUGCCUAUUUUCGAUAAGCAGCCGAUAAAUGUGAACGUUCCACCAGGGACGACCGUCGAAAACGGGAUCACUCAGCCAGGACACCUGAACUUCUUCCUCUGUAGCCACCAAGGCCCGAUCGGAACGAGCAGGCCCGCGCAUUACCAUGUCCUCUGCAAAGAGUCUAAGCACACGCUUCAGCAGUUGCAGCAGCUCACAUACGACUUGUGCCAUCUGGUGGCGCGCUGCACCCGCAGCAUGAGCAUUCCAUCACCCGUCUAUUAUGCCCACCUGGCUGCCUUCCGGGCCAAGAACCACAUAAAAGGCUUCCUCCGCAUCAAUCCCAAUGGGCAAUAUACAGAUGCAGUGACGGUGCAUCGUAAUAUCGCGAACGAAAUGUACUUCGUGUGACCACCUCGUUAAUGAGGGCUGCUUGGAAGAGAGCCACACCUGACGCAACAUGCAAAUCUCUGCGUGGCAGUACUUUUAAUGGCUGCACUAAAUUUUGAACCAAUAUAAGGUUUUAUCUUUUAUACCUUCCCUAUCCUCUAGA